UCGCAGGGAAAGGAAAGCUGUAUUCCACAUAGUGCUUCAACCAUAACAGCAUCAUACAUUGCUCCACUAUCCUCUCAGCUGCAUAGAAAAGCCAGAUGAAGUCUUCCGACAUUGAUCAGGACUUGUUCACGGAAAGUUAUUGCAAAGUAUGCAGUGCUCAGCUGAUCUCUGAAUCUCAGCGGGUGGCACAUUAUGAGAGUCGAAAACAUGCAAGCAAAGUGCGGUUGUAUUACAUGCUUCACCCCACAGAUGGUGGCUGUCCGGCCAAAAAGCUUCGAUCAGAAAAUGGUAGUGAUGAUGAUGUGGUGGAUAAGAACAAGUGCUGCACACUUUGUAACAUGUCUUUUACCUCGGCGGUGGUAGCGGAAUCCCAUUAUCAAGGGAAAAUCCAUGCCAAAAGAUUAAAACUGUUGCUAGGAGAACAGCCCCCAUUAAAGGCCACAGACACUGCUCUGAGUUCGCUAAAGCAGCCCAACGUGGACAAUUCCCCAAUGGUUGCUUCAGCUUAUCAAAGAAGAGACUCAGACAGAUACUGCCAGCUUUGUGUGGCCUGGUUUAAUAACCCUAUGAUGGCACAACAACAUUAUGAUGGCAAAAAACACAAAAAGAAUGCAGCAAGGGCUGAUUUAUUAGAACAACUAGGAAAGACCCUGGAUCUGGGGGAGUUGAGAGGUCUGAAGCGCAGUUAUACAUGUAGCAUCUGUAAUGUCACUCUAAACUCAAUAGAACAGUAUCAUGCUCAUCUGAAAGGCUCUAAACAUCAAACCAACCUGAAGAAUCAGUAGUGAAAACAUCAAUCCAGAGAAAAGAAAAACAUCAGGAUUUCUUCCUCACAGAAGAGUUGCUAAUCAACAGAUAGAGAGCAUUCUUUCUUGGACAAUGAACAUUACUUGUGAGGAUUCACAAAUUAAUAUAUUACUAAUCUUGGUUUUGGACAGUGAAUGGAUUUUCUUUUUUAAUUUUGUGGUAAGUUAAAAUAUUUGGAUGGACUUUUUUUUAAACCUUUUCAAGAUGUCAGCCCACAUCCUGAAAAACAAACCUGUAGCCAAGUGAUCACAUCACUCAUCUUUAGAGACAGUACAAAUAAAAUAUUUUGCUUUUUUCACAUUUAUUCUAGAUUUCUCCAGAGAGUAUAAUUACCCAGUUAAAUUAUUGAUGAUUGUGAUGUGCUCCAUCUUCAACCAGAAAUAAACAUUAUUUCUUCAUCAUGUUGAGCAUGAUUAGUUGCAACAUUCAAAGGACUAAAAUGAAGUGCAAGCAACAGGAGAUGUAUAAUGGAUGAAUUAUUCCUUUCUCCCAGCCUCCUUCAAAAAAUACUAAUAGGUCACUGAACAGUGAAAACUGUGAAAGAAAAAAAAAUGUUCAACUCCUUUCCUGUCUUCCAACCAGAGUUCCUAAAGGUUAGGCCAUAGUCCUACUCAUUUAUACAUUUGUUGUGUUAGCUUAAGGAGAGAAUUAGUCUGUCCACAAGACGCUCACUGCAGCAAACAAUAUCUCAGCAGCGAGGUUCUUCGGUGCAGUGUUUCAAGGCAUCAGCAACAACGGGACCCAAAGUCAGUUCCUUUGGAAAAUGGAUUCAAAUGAAUGGAUGUUUCCUGCCAAAUUAGCCUGAAUCAGAUACUUCUUCCCAGAAGUAGACACAAGAAAAGGCAAGAAUAUAUGUGAAAGUGAGAAAAGGAACAUUUGCUCAUCCAGGACCUGCUAGCCCUGUGCAGCCAAAGGGACGCUGAUGAGGUAGUUUUCUGUUGGAUUCUGUGUUCUUCAUUGCUGCCAUGUCUGUGAUUAUGGGUUUGUCUGCUUUUUGAAGGUACUUCACUGAUCAAGACUCCAACUGAGACAGCCCCGAUGGGAA